UAUCCUCCCUGUGGGGAAAAUAUAGGUGAAAUGUGUUGUUUUCUGGCUGCCUGAUGUCUCCUUCCAUAGAGAUUGGGUAGUCUCAGGGUGGGGCAGGAGGAGCGAGUCUCUCUACCCUGUCCAGGCUGGCUUUAAGAGCUGCCUGCCCGGACAUGGAAUAAAACAGGCUUCGGCCCCAGGCGAUGGAGGAAAACAGGCUGCUUUCACCUCCAACAAGCCUCAACCAGAUUUUCCCAUUUGCGAGAACUCGAAAAGAGCAUUCUCCUCUUCCUGGAUAAGUCCUGGUGGGGUGGGGUGCGGGGCUUUUAUUCUGUCUUCUCUGCUGCCCCCCCGAGCAAAAGCUUCUUCACCCCAAGUCUCUGAAUGGCAGUAGAUUCUCUUUGGCACCACCAAUUUCGGAUCGUGAUGCUGGGCGACUCUACCGUGGGAAAAUCCUCUCUCCUGAAGCGUUACGCUGAGGGCGUCUUCCUCGAUUCCAUGGACCAAACCGUAGGUGUGGAUUUUUAUGUUCACUUUGUGGAGAUUGAGCCUAACCUGCGAAUCAAGCUGCAGUUCUGGGAUACAGCUGGCCAAGAGCGUUUUAGGUCAGUGACCCGCUCUUAUUAUCGGAACUCUGCUGGAGGAGUGCUGGUGUUUGACCUAACAAACCGAGCAUCCUUUGAAAAUAUCAAGAAGUGGCACCAGGACGUGAUAGAUACAGUGAAGCCCCAACCUGUGGUGUUCCUACUUAUUGGUCACAAAAGUGACCUGGAGGCGGAACGGAAGGUUGGGCAAAAAGAGGCGGAGAAACUGGCCAAUUCGUUGUCGGCAAAGUACAUUGAAACGUCAGCUAAGAGCAACAGGAACGUGAAAGAAGCUUUCCAGACAUUAACCUUGGGAAUCUAUGAAUCCCUGAAAAGCGGGAAAAUGUGGCCCGAUGAACAUUGGGAUGGGAUCAAAAGCAAGAGGCCACUCAUCACCCAGCCUGAAGUGCCGGCACAGGGAAAGACAAAUAAAUGCUGGUGCUAGCAGAAGGCAGCUUAACGGACAGUAUCAGGUUGAUAGAGGGAUUUUUAAUACCCAGGGAGAACUUCUUUCCUUCUCUCUGGGAUGCUCGGUCUCCAUUUGGCCAUAACAAAGAGCUGCUUUCGGGAUAAUGGGAGGUCAGCAAAGAGAUGCUGUGAGUAGAAUCAGGGUUGAAGUUAAGGUAGUUGUAUCGAUUAAUUUCCUUGGGAUGCCCUCAGCUUCCCCCCGCCAAAAAAAGCCUGCAUCAACUUCCUCCAUCAUUUUUGUUGUUUUGAUAUUGUAUUCCUAGAUCUAUC